CCUUUGUGCCGGCAGGUUUAGGUUGGCUUGCAGCGUAGAGGCACUAUGUACUCGGAGUGGAGAUCUCUGCACCUUGUCCUUCAGAAUGAGCAGGGCAGCACGAGCGUGCUGCACAGCUACCCCGAGAGCGUGGGCAGGGAGGUGGCGAACGCCGUGGUGCGGCCCCUGGGGCAGGCCCUGGCCUUGGCCGCCAGCGAGAGCCUCCUCAAGACGGACAAGGAGGUGAAAUGGACUAUGGAGGUGGUUUGCUAUGGACUGACCCUCCCUCUGGACGGCGAUACUGUGAAAUACUGUGUCGAUGUAUAUACGGAUUGGAUUAUGGCUCUUGUGUUACCUAAGGACUCCAUUCCUUUACCAGUUAUUAAGGAACCAAACCUUUAUGUUCAAAGCAUUCUCAAACAUCUCCAAAACCUCUUUGUACCAAGGCCAGACCCCGGGUCUAGCCAGAUCAGGCUGUGCUUGCAAGUGUUGAAAGCUGUCCAGAAACUGGCUCGUGAAUCCACAAUUAUGGCAAGAGAAACCUGGGAGGUUUUGCUAUUAUUUCUUCUUCAGAUUAAUGACACUCUUCUAGCAGCUCCGACGGUGCAAGGUGGCAUUGCGGAGAGCCUGGCGGAGAGGCUCAUCGGCGUGCUCUUCGAGGUGUGGCUGCUGGCCUGCGCGCGCUGCUUUCCAACGCCACCCUACUGGAAAACCGCCAAGGAGAUGGUGGCCAACUGGCGGCAUCACCCUGCCGUCGUGGAGCAGUGGAGCAAGGUUAUCUGUGCCCUCACGUCCAGGUUGCUGCGUUUUACAUACGGGCCUUCGUUCCCUCCGUUUAAAAUCCCGGAUGAAGAUGCAGGUCUGAUUCCUCCAGAGAUGGAUAAUGAGUGCGUUGCACAAACUUGGUUUCGCUUUUUACAUAUGCUGAGUAAUCCUGUGGAUUUGAGUAACCCAGCCAUUAUUAGCUCUACCCCCAAAUUUCAGGAGCAGUUCCUGAAUGUGAGUGGAAUGACUCAAGAACUGAAUCAGUACCCCUGCCUUAAACAUCUGCCUCAAAUCUUCUUUCGUGCCAUGCGUGGGAUCAGCUGCUUAGUGGACGCGUUCUUAGGCAUCUCGCGCCCGCGGUCGGACAGCGCGCCGCCCACGCCGGUCAACAGGCUGAGCAUGCCGCAGAGCUCCGCCGUCAACACCACGCCGCCGCACAACCGCAGGCACCGCGCCGUCACCGUCAACAAGGCCACCAUGAAAACCAGCACCGUCAGCACUGCACAUGCCUCCAAAGUGCAGCACCAGCCCUCCUCCACGUCGCCGCUCUCCAGCCCCAACCAGACCAGCUCCGAGCCGCGGCCGCUGCCGGCUCCGCGCAGGCCCAAGGUUAACAGCAUCUUGAACCUAUUUGGAUCAUGGUUAUUUGAUGCAGCAUUUGUUCACUGUAAACUUCAUAAUGGAAUAAAUAGAGACAGCAGCAUGACUGCUAUAGCCACUCAAGCGAGCGUGGAGUUCCGCCGGAAAGGAUCCCAAAUGUCCACAGACACAGUGGCUUCCAACCCCAUGUUCGAUGCAAGUGAAUUCCCAGACAACUACGAAGCGGGAAGGGCAGAGGCGUGUGGGACACUGUGUAGGAUAUUUUGUAGCAAGAAGACUGGGGAGGAAAUAUUGCCAGCUUACUUAUCCCGAUUUUACAUGCUUUUAAUUCAGGGCUUGCAGAUCGCAGAUUUCGUGUGCCACCCCGUUCUUGCCAGUGUUAUCCUGAACUCCCCUCCUCUGUUCUGCUGUGACCUCAAAGGGAUUGAUGUCGUGGUUCCUUAUUUCAUUUCGGCUCUUGAAACUAUUUUGCCUGACAGAGAACUCUCAAAGUUUAAAAUCUAUGUAAACCCCACAGAGUUAAGAAGAGCUUCUAUUAAUAUCUUGCUGUCUUUGUUGCCUCUCCCUCAUCAUUUUGGAACAAUAAAGUCUGAGGUUGUCCUAGAAGGAAAGUUCAGCAAUGAUGACAGCUCUACAUAUGAUAAGCCAGUAACCUUCCUUUCCUUGAAGCUGCGGCUCGUGAAUAUACUCAUAGGAGCUUUGCAAACUGAAACAGAUCCUAACAACACUCAAAUGAUACUAGGUGCAAUGUUAAAUAUUGUUCAAGAUUCAGCCCUGUUAGAAGCCAUUGGCUGUCAGAUGGAAACGAAUGGUGGCGAAAAUAACCUGUUUAAAAGCCACAGUCGUACUAACAGCGGCAUCAGCACCGCGAGCGGGGGCAGCACGGAGCCCAGCACGCCGGACAGCGAGCGCCCGGCGCAAGCCCUGCUAAGGGAUUAUGCUCUUCAUACAGAUACAGCGGCUGGGCUGCUGAUCCGCAGCAUUCACCUGGUAACCCAAAGGCUCAACUCCCAGUGGAGGCAGGACAUGAGUAUCUCACUAGCUGCCCUGGAGCUGCUCUCCGGAUUGGCAAAGGUGAAGGUGGCCGUGGACUCUGCAGACCGCCGGCGGGCCAUCAGCUCCGUGUGCAGCUACAUCGUGUACCAGUGCAGCCGCCCGGCGCCGCUGCACUCGCGCGACCUGCACUCCAUGAUCGUGGCCGCCUUCCAGUGCCUCUGCGUGUGGCUCACCGAGCACCCCGACAUGCUCGAGGAGAAGGAUUGCUUAAAAGAGGUACUGGAGAUUGUGGAGUUGGGCAUUUCAGGAAGCAAAUCCAAAAGCAGCGAACAAGAAGUCAAGUACAAAGGAGAUAAAGAACCAAACCCUGCGUCCAUGCGAGUGAAGGAUGCUGCAGAAGCCACGUUAACAUGCAUUAUGCAGUUGCUUGGGGCGUUUCCUUCUCCCAGUGGCCCUGCCUCUCCUUGCAGCCUGGUGAAUGAAACCACCUUGAUUAAAUAUUCUCGCCUGCCCACCAUAAACAGACACAGUUUCCGUUACUUUGUUUUGGACAACAGCGUCAUCCUUGCGAUGCUGGAGCAGCCUCUGGGGAACGAGCAGAAUGACUCUUUCCCGUCUGUCACGAUUUUGAUCCGUGGGACAUCUGGAAGAUUUGCAUGGGCGCAGCAACUCUGUCUUUUGCCAAGAGGAGCUAAAGCAAAUCAAAAGAGCUUUGUACCAGAAUCCCGACCAGCUCCUAAAAACGAUGUUGGACUGAGAUACAGCGUGAAACACCGGCCGUUCCCUGAGGAGGUGGACAAGAUUCCCUUUGUGAAAGCUGACUUGAGCAUUCCCGAUUUACAUGAAAUUGUGAAUGAGGAACUGGAGGAGCGGCACGAGAAGCUGAGGAAUGGCAUGGCCCAGCAGAUCGUUUUUGAGACUUCCAUAGAUCAGAAGAGCGAAGAGGAGUGGCGCAAGAAGAGCUUUCCCGAUCCCGUCACAGAGUGCAAGCCCCCAGCACCUGCGCAGGAGUUCCAGACCGCCCGCCUCUUCCUCUCCCACUUCGGGUUCCUCUCGCUAGAGGCAUUGAAGGAACCUGCUAACAGUCGUCUACCUCCUCACCUGAUUGCACUUGACUCUGCUCUGCCGGGGUUUUUUGAUGACCUUGGCUAUUUGGAUUUAUUGCCGUGUCGCCCUUUUGAUACAGUUUUCAUCUUCUACAUGAAGGCAGGCCAGAAAACAAGCCAGGAAAUCCUGAAGAACAUGGAGUCUUCCAGAAUUGUUCAGCCUCACUUCCUGGAGUUCUUGCUGUCUCUUGGCUGGUCGGUUGAGGUGGGGAAGCACCCGGGCUGGACUGGACACGUCUCCACGAGCUGGUCCAUCAAUAGUUGCAGUGAUGAAGAAGGGUGUGAACGAGAUGAUCUAGUUAUUUCAGAAGAUGUUGGGGCGAAUAUCUUCAAUGGGCAGAAGAAAGUGCUGUAUUAUGCUGAUGCUCUGACAGAAAUAGCUUUUGUCGUCCCAUCGCCCGUGGAGUCCCUAAGUGAUUCAUUGGAAAGCAAUGUCUCUGACCAAGAAAGCGACUCCAACAUGGAUCUCCUGCCAGGGAUACUAAAGCAGCCACCUCUGACACUUGAACUCUUCCCCAAUCAUACAGACAAUCUUAAUCCCUCUCAGCGGCUCAGUCCUACUUCCCGAUCCAAGAGGGUACCUCAGGGCCGGACCAUUCCACCAAUGGGACCUGAAACCAAAGUGUACGUCGUCUGGGUUGAACGUUACGAUGACAUAGAAAACUUUCCCCUCCCCGAUCUGGUGUCUGAAACUAGCACUGGUGUAGAAACCACAGCAAAUAGUAGCACUUCCCUAAGAUCUACCACUCCUGAGAAAGAAGUCCCUGUGAUCUUCAUCCAUCCUUUAAACACUGGCUUAUUCAGAAUAAAACUGCAAGGAGCUACUGGGAAAUUCAAUAUGGUGAUCCCACUGGUGGAUGGAAUGAUAGUCAGCAGGCGAGCUCUUGGUUUUUUAGUGCGGCAGACGGUAAUAAAUAUUUGUCGGAGGAAGAGGCUGGAGAGUGAUUCAUACAACCCCCCCCACGUCCGCCGAAAACAGAAAAUCGCGGACAUUGUCAAUAGAUACCGGAACAGGCAGCUGGAGCCGGAAUUUUAUACCUCGCUUUUCCAGGAGGUUGGGCUCAAGAACUGCCACCCUUAAGGCUGUUAUCCUUGCAGGACAAUUAGAUCAGAGCUUGGUGGCUACAGUGAUGAAAACAGUUAAAUAACGACGACAAAUUUCUUCAUCCCUGCAGAAUUCAGGAAUCGUAUUCUAGCACAAGUCAGCAGAUACCGUGUGGGAGCAACGCGGAGCGAAUCCAAGACCCAGCAGUUGGGAUACUGACUUAAUUCACCCGCCCUCCAAAGAUUACUUAAUUCCAGUCUUCCUGGAUGCUGGCGGCCUAAUCUCUCCACUGAAUCAUCUACUCCACACUGAUUGGGAAUCAUGUCUCGUUCUGUGAGAACGCAGUCAAAACCAAAAACAUAUCUG